CUCAUGCUAAGCUCAGGCACAAUGGACGAAUUCGUCACCGAGGAGGAAGAGCCUUGGUACGACCAACGGGACCUCGAGCAGGACCUUCACCUGGCUGCAGAGUUGGGAAAGACGUUGCUGGAGAGGAACAAGGAGCUGGAGGACUCCCUUCAGCAGAUGUACAUAACCAAUGAAGAGCAAGUGCAAGAAAUUGAGUACCUGUCAAAACAGCUUGAAGUCCUUCGGGACAUGAAUGAACAGCACGCCAAAGUGUAUGAGCAGCUCGACGGUACUGCGAGAGAGCUUGAACACACCAACCAAACACUCGUGAUGGACAGCAAGGUCUCACAGCAAAAGAUAGAAAGUUUAACAGGGACCAUCGAGGCUUUGCAGAAUCAGGUGGAAUCCCUAUCGGGAAAGGUGGAACAGUUGCGCUCGGUGGAACAACUGAGAGUCAAGAGGGAGAAGAGGGAACGGCGCAAGACUAUCCACUCCUUCCCUUGUCUGAAGGAACUUUGCACAGCACCCAGGUACGAGGAUGAGUUUGUUGUGGGCCGGGCUGAAAGCUUCACCUCGGAACCUAAGCGUCAGCCGUUCGAAGACGAAAACCAGCACCUGAGAGAGGCGGUGUCAGCUCUAAGAGCGGCCAUCCGGACGGAGCGGGGACGCCGAGAGGGCGUGGAGAAGGAAUGCAACCUUCUGCUUGCGGACUUUUCACGUUUGCAAACACGUGUGCAGGAUGCUGAGAAUUGCCAAGCAAGGGUACAGGAGUUGGAAGUGGAGCUACGGGAGCUCCAACAGCUCCGCCGCACCCGAACGUUCCUUCUCGGGAACGAGGAUGACGGCGUCACCCUGACCCAAACCGUCCUCAAUAGCACCCCGGAGACUGACACCUUCCUAGAAGAGGUCGGUGAAACAGGAGGAGGAGUAAGAGAGAAGGCGGAGGGCGGCCCCGGCGUGGACGGCGAAGCCCUGCCCGAGUCGAACCCCGUGAGGAAAAGCUGUAGCGACACCGCACUCAACGCCAUCGUCGCUCGGGACGCUUCGGGCCACAGGAGGGGGAGCUACGCGCUUCACGCCAACAGCGUGAGGAAGAGAGGGAUGUCCAUCCUCAGAGAGGUGGACGAGCAAUACCACGCUUUACUGGAAAAAUAUGAGGAGCUUCUAGGAAAGUGCAGGCGCCACGAGGAAAGCCUUUGCCACACCGGGGUCCAGACGUCCCGACCCGUCUCCCGGGAUCCUUCCAUGAAAGACUGCGCCAUGGGGCAAGCGCCCCCGCCCACCCCUACUCAGUCGCCGUCCACGCCGGAAGCCAUCGAGAUGAUCGGCAAGCAAGUGGAGGCGGUGGAUAAGCGUCUGGGACAAAACGCUCCGGAGUACAAGGCUCUCUUCAAGGAGAUCUUUUCUCGUAUCCAGAAGACCAAAAUGGAUAUUAAAGCUACCAAGUCUGCAAAAUCUAGUAAAUCCAGCAAAUCAGGCAAAUCUAGUAAAUAG